AUGACCAAUCAAAGAGUUUUUAAAUGGAGAUUUUGCUUUAUCGGCUUAUCAUUUGUUUUUUUAUUAUUAUUAUUUUACUUAAAAUUAAAUGAAUAUAAAACUUAUAAUGGGAAAAAAGACUCAUUAAUAUUGAGGUUCAAUGAAAAGACUGCAGUUGAUGUGAUUCCAUAUAAAGUACCACCCUUAGCCAAGUCUGAGGAUAUAGUGGUUAUUUACAAUAGGGUGCCAAAAACAGGAUCUACUAGUUUUGUGAAUGUAGCUUAUGAAUUAUGUAAAAAAAAUCAUUUUAAAAUCCUUCACAUAAAUGUGACGGGAAAUUUGCAUUUGCUAUCAAUGAAAAAUCAGAUAAAAUUUGUACACAAUGUUACAGAAUGGGAUGCUAUGAAACCUGCUUUGUAUCAUGGCCAUAUGGCAUUUAUAGAUUUUAAAAAAUUUAGAAUAGACAAAACUCCUUUGUAUAUAAACAUUAUUCGAAAGCCGUUAGAUCGUUUAGUUUCAUAUUAUUAUUUUGUCAGAUAUGGUGAUAAUUAUCGUCCGAAUCUUGUUAGAAAAAAACAUGGUGAUAAAUUGUCAUUCGACGAAUGUGUUGCCAAAAACAUGCCAGAUUGUAAUUAUGAUAAUAUGUGGCUUCAAAUCCCAUUUUUCUGCGGUCAUGCAGCAGAAUGUUGGGAAGUCGGAAGCAAUUGGGCAUUAGAAGAAGCUAAAAGAAAUUUGGUGAGAAAUUAUUUUGCUGUUGGUGUGACUGAAGAAAUGGAAGAAUUUAUAAGACUUAUGGAAAUGAUUUUACCGAGAAUGUUCAAAGGUGCAACACAACAUUAUUUAAAUAGUAACAGAUCACAUUUGAGAGAAACAACACAAAAAGUCAUGCCUUCCGAAACUACAGUGGCUAAAAUACAAAAGAGUAAAGUUUGGGAAAUGGAACAAGAAUUUUAUAAUUUUGCACUUCAGCAAUUUAAAUUUAGUUUAAGAAAAUUAAACAUAAAACGUGAAUCGAAUAAUCCGAAUGAAAAAGAACAAAUAUUUUUUUAUGAAAAAAUAAGACCCAAGUAA